CACAAUGGCAUAUGGUACCUUUUAUGUUAACUUCUCAAAAACUAAAGUUAUUCUAGUUUUAAGAAGUCAUUUCUUUAUCCAGAAAGUCUUCUCAGCCAUGAACAUAGUGUGUCCCUGGAACAAGGGAUGGCAGGCAGCAGGAGCCCCAGAAGAAAUGAUCUAUGCUCAGCCUGUCUCUGUGACACCAUGAAAAAGAAUGUAUACUGCAAACAUGAACAUCUUUAUAAUGGGGCAUCAGAACAUCUAACUCUAAGCAGGGAGCUUAUUCCUCAGAAUGCAACAUCUCUGCAUAUCUUGAACUUUAAAUAUGUAACAAUAAAUAAUGGUACGUUCUCCAGUGAAAACCUUGGGCUCCGGAAAAUUCACUUUGAAAACAUUGGACUAAUACAUCUCUUCAAAAACUCUUUGUACUUCAGUUACAAAGCAAAAGAGAACAUGGAAGUAGCAGUGGUGUUUACAAAAUGUAACAUCAGAGAAAUACCAAGUGAAACUCUCACCCAAUAUUCAAGAAGUAAAGACCAAAGAAAUGAUAUAGACUUGCAAGAAACAAGAUUCCUUACUCUGCAGUUUGAGUGGUGCAACAUAACAACCAUUGCAAGAUAUGCACUCUCCAAUGCACGAAUUCUCUACUUUAAGAUGCACAAUGUAAAGGUACUACAUACUGAAGACAUCUGUUCAUACCUUAACUGUGUUAAAGAAGCAGUUAUAGAGUACACCAAAGAUAACUGCUAGAGAAUUGAAAGAAAAGAACCUACAUCUUCUCUCAGAGGUGUCUGCUUGAUUAUGCAAAGAAAUAUCUUCACUGGAAUCCUCAACGGUGGUCUAAACACUAACAAUGUAUUAUUUCCACAGGUGUUGUUUGAGUAUAACUAUGUGAUGUACCUGGGUGCAGAUGCACUAGCUGCAAUAAAGCCAUAUCCCAAUGCACGGGGAGCAAAUAUUGUCUUCCUUAACAACACAGUGGAAAAAGCAGUGAACAGAUCUCUUGUGAUCAGUAGAAAUUAUCCAAGUUAUGAGCGUAAAAUACUCGACAAUAGAUUUAACAUUCUGUGUGAGUGCAAUAUCCAUGACACUUUCAAACAGCUGCUGGGCAUUUCUGAGAAGAGUGACUACAAUGACCAAUUAACACAACAAGUAGUGAUUGAAAAGUCUCGCUGUCAAAGAAAAUCAGGUUUAGCAUUGUAUAAAAAUGUCAGAGUUUAUUACAGUGAAGAAUGUACAUCAACAUCACUUCCUUUAAUCAUAUCAGCAACAAGUGUCGUUGUAGUUAUAAUCAUCGCCAUUAUCGUGUGUAUAGUGUGUAUUCGUCGUGCUGAAAAAGCAAAGGAAGAAGCAAAUUACUUGGGUGAAUGCUGUUAUUCUCAAAGCUUUUCAACUCUACACUCAAAUGCAGGUCCACUCUCUCCAUUACAUGGUCAUCAUUGUUUCUCCUUUGAAAACGGUAAUAGUCUUCAACCCUGGGUGGUAGCAGUGCCUGAAGUUAAGACAUAUCAAGAGACUGAGGUGGAUGUGCACUAUGAACAUACAGAACCCAUCAAUGUCAAUAUAAGAGGCUCUUAUCCUGAGCCAACUUCACCUAUUGAUUUCCAACGUAGGGUUCAUACACGUGCUUCAUGUCCUUUUAACUAGAAAUGAAUAUGUGUAAACUAGUAAAGUUUCCUAUAAAUGAUUAGAACUGUAUAUACAUAAACAAAGAUAGUUUCCUUAAUUUACUGGAAAUGAAAAUACAGCAUGUAAA